AUGGGGUUCGGAAACUUUUUCUACGGCGGCAAGAAAUGGGAGAACGUCGAUGAGAACCCAAUGCCCAAAGACGUCCCAGAUGUCGAGGAGGUGGGUGCGACUUCGGCUCCACUCUUAAGUGCUGCAUUCUUCAUUGGAGCUAGGUGUAAGCCAUACAAUGACGACUUUAUGUUGUGUAAAGACGAGAACAACGGAGGCACCGUUGAAUGUUUGAAGGAGGGCAGAAGAGUGACGAGAUGUGCUGUUUCCGUGUUGAAGGACUUGAACACUCACUGCUUCGACGAGUUCAAGUUGCACUACGAAUGUCUCGAACAAGAAAACCACAGGAUGGGCGGCUGCAGAGCCAGUGAAAAAGUGUUCAACAAGUGUGUGUUCGACAAGUUGAAGUUGGAGAAGAAGAUCCCUGGUCCUCAGGAGCAGAUCCACUUGAAGGAGAACCCCAUCUACACCGGCACUGGCCAGGACAAGGCCGUGACCAAGGCUUUCUUGAAGGGCAAACUGGAGGAGUCUGCCUAG